AUGGACCACGAAGCGCUCAAGGAGCAGUGGUCGGACAUUGAGGACCGCGAUGGCAUCCGUCUAUCAUGGAACACCUUCCCCUCCUCGCGCAUGGAAGCCAGCCGACUGGUCGUGCCCAUUGGUGCCCUCUACACUCCGCUGAAGGAAAAGACCGAUGGCACUCCUCUGCUGCAAUACGAACCCGUCACAUGCAAGCCGCCAUGUCGAGCCGUUCUGAACCCUUUCUGCCAGGUAGACAUGCGCGCGCGGAUAUGGAUCUGCCCGUUCUGUCUGCAGCGGAACAACCUCCCUCCCCAUUACAAGGACAUUAGCGAGAGUCAGAUUCCUCCGGAGCUCCACCCUGGUAGCAYCACGAUCGAGUACCGACUGGCCCGCCCCGCACCGACACCACCAAUCUUCGUAUUUGUGGUUGACACAUGUCAGGAGGRGGAUUCGCUCAAGGCGUUGAGGGACAGUAUCAUCAACGCUCUUGCCUUUCUGCCUCCGCAUUCGCUGGUGGGUCUGAUCACAUAUGGCACCAUGGCACAGGUACACGAGCUGGGCUACACCGAGUGCGCCAAAUCUUAUGUGUUCCGCGGGAACAAGGACUACGGCGCGAAGCAGGUGCAGGRGAUGUUAGGAUUGACAAUGGGAGGCGGUGCGAGGCCGGGAGCGCAGCCACAACCUCAGCCAGGCCGGCCAGCAGCACCGCCAGUCGGGGGUGCACAAGCGAGAUUCUUGCUUCCGGUCCAACAGUGCGAGUUCCAGCUCACAAACGUGUUGGAGAGCUUGCAAAAGGACCCGUGGCCCGUAGCGAACGACAAGCGUGCCAUUCGCUGCACAGGUGUUGCGCUGUCCGUGGCUGCCGGUAUCCUCGAGGCGAGCUUCCAGAAUUCCGGCGCUCGUAUCAUGCUGUUCACGGGUGGUCCAGCCACCGAGGGACCUGGAAUGGUCGUGGGUMCAGAGCUCAAGGAGCAGAUCCGUUCUCAUCACGACAUCGACAGGGACAACAUCAAGUAUUACAAGAAGGCGCUUAAGUUCUACGACACACUCGCGAAGCGUAUUGCGCAUAACGGACAUGUGGUGGACAUCUUUGCCGGCUGUCUGGAUCAGGUUGGUCUCCUGGAAAUGAAGGGCCUGCCCAAUAGCACUGGAGGACACAUCAUUCUCACUGAUUCCUUCACAUCAUCCAUGUACAAGCAGUCGUUUUCCAAGAUUUUCGAUGCAGACGCACAGGGCAACCUCCUCAUGGGCUUCAAUGCCUCGCUCGAGGUCUUGACCACGAAAGAGCUGAAAGUCACCGGUCUCAUUGGUCACGCUGUUUCACUCAACAAAAAGUCUUCUUCGGUCGGCGAGACGGAGUGCGGCAUUGGAAACACAUGCAGUUGGAAGAUGUGCUCAAUUGAUCCAGCAGCAUCUUAUGGUGUCUACUUUGAGAUUGCUUCUCAGGGCGGCCCCGCUGCACCUAUGCAGCAAAGCCCUCAGAAGGGUCUGAUCCAAUUCCUCACAUACUACCAACACAGUGGUGGGCAAUAUCAUCUCCGUGUGACGACCGUCGGAAGAAACAUGAGUGGGCCCAGUGGUGAUCCGGCGAUCGCCCAGUCCUUCGACCAGGAAGCUGCCGCUGUGCUGAUGAGCCGGAUCGCUGUUUUCAAGGCUGAGGUUGACGACGGUCCAGACGUCUUGCGAUGGGUAGACCGCAUGCUCAUUCGUCUCUGCUCUCGGUUUGCCGAAUACCGCAAAGACGACCCCUCCAGCUUCCGUCUCGAGAAGAACUUCACCCUCUACCCACAGUUCAUGUUCCAUCUUCGCCGAUCACAAUUCCUACAAGUGUUCAACAAUUCUCCUGRUGAGACGGCCUUCUACAGACACGUGCUCAAUCAUGAGGACGUCUCUAACUCCCUAGUCAUGAUUCAGCCUACCCUCGACUCGUACACAUUCGACCAAGAAGGCUCUAUGCCUGUGUUGCUCGACUCAACAUCCAUCCAGCCGCAAACAAUCCUUCUCCUCGAUACCUUCUUCCACAUCCUCAUCUUCCACGGCGAGACGAUGGCGGAAUGGAGAAAAGCUGGGUACCAGGACAUGGAAGGCUAUGAGAACUUCAGCGAGCUUCUCGAUGCUCCUAAGCAGGACGCAAAGGACCUCAUCCAAGAUCGUUUCCCUCUACCCCGCUUCAUCGUCUGUGAUGCGGGCGGUUCUCAGGCGCGUUUCCUCCUGGCGAAGCUCAACCCGUCUACGACACAUACCUCUUCUAGUUACGGAGGUGUCACUCAGACUGCGCAGACAAUCUUCACAGAUGAUGUCAGCCUGCAAACUUUCAUGGACCAUUUGAUGAAGCUUGCUGUCAGCGGUACUGGAUAG